AUGGCUCUCUCUGGAAAAUUGGAGGCUGAAGUUGAGGUUCAUUCACCUGCUGCCAAGUUCUUCAGCCUCUUCGUAACUCAACUUCACCAUGUUCAGAACAUUAGUGAUCUAGUGCACGAAACUAAGGUGCAUCAGGGAGACUGGCACGGCGUUGGCUCUGAUUCUGUUAAGCACUGGACUUAUACUGCCGGUAAGCUUUCACCAAAUACACGAAAACUACCCUAUAAGAGCUUAAAGGCAAAGCUUCAAGUGGCCGAUAAGGGCAGUGGUGCCCUUGCCAAAUGGACUUACGAAUAUGAGAAGCUCAGCCAGGAAGUCCCUCCCCCACAAGCUUACUUGGACUUUGUCACUACGGUUACCAAGGAUCUUGAUGCUCAUCUCACAAAGGCAUAG